UCUCCCUGUUUCCUUCCUUGUUUCCGGUUGCCAUACAGCAAUGCUCCACCUACAGCCCCACAUUUCUUCUUCAGCCUCCACCUACUCUUCCGCCGCGGUUUUUGACUUCAAACCGGCCAAACGACGCGGCAGUUACAAUUGUGGCAGAUGUGGGCUUCCCAAGAAAGGCCAUGUUUGCCAAGUCAAUAGUGGCGCCACCCCUACUUCAACUACCACUCCAACCUCGGGUCCAGCCGCCGCCGCCGCUAUUGAAAAUUCUUCCUCCGUAUCCCGUCCUCCUCAGCUCCCUCCCCUUCGUCAUUCCUCGCAUCUCCGACGUGCGCUUUCCUUUGACGACAUCGACAUCCGCUGUGACUCGCAGGAACGCGAUUUGGACGGCUAUAAUUAUUCUCAUCCUGGUACGGAUCUUGACGUGGAUGAUGAGAUAGUCUCCGGUGGGUUGCCUUUUGGAUGUUUGUGGGAGGUCUUAAGGAGAUUGCCUCCGGCGGGGCUGUUGGCGGCUGCAGGAGUAUGUAAAGGUUGGAGGGAAACGACGAAGAGAAUGUGGAGGGCGGCGGAGGAGCUGAGACUUAUGGUCCAACCUAAGGGUCAGCUCAGAUUCAUGGGAUCAGUUUUAAAGAAAUGCCCCAGCCUUGUUAGACUUUCUCUUAAGAUGGAAAGUGAUGUGGAUGCAACGAUGCUGGCCUGCAUUGCGUUUUCUUGCCCUAAUUUGGAGUCUUUGGAGAUUUCUACUUCAAAUACGGCUGUCAAUCGAAUCACGGGAGAUGAAUUGGGUCGUUUUGUUGCUGAUAAAUGCUGUCUAACUAGCCUUAAGAUGGAAGGAUGUUCUAAUUUAGGGGGCUUUGUCCUUUCUUCAUCAAGUCUAUCUACUCUCUGGCUUUCUGAUCUUUUAUCCCUUUCUAAGAUGGAUUUUAACUGUCCCAAUUUGAAAGAGAUAUCCUUAGAGUUUUCUCGCCAAGAAAAUGACACUACCAACCUUACAACCAUGGUUGAUGGUAUGGGUAGAACUUGUCCAAAAUUGCAAAACAUACACAUUGCAUCAGUUCGGCUUUCACAUGCUGUUGUGCUUUCUCUUACAGCUGCUAAUUUGAGGGGCUUGCGAAUGCUUUCACUUGUUCUUGGCUCAGAAAUCACUGAUGCAUCUGUUGCUGCUAUUGCUUCAAGCUAUUCAAGAUUAGAACUGCUUGAUCUCAGUGGGUCUAGCAUCAGUGAUAGUGGCAUUGGAAUGAUCUGCAACGUUUUCCCGAACACAUUGUCAAGACUCCUCCUUGCUCUUUGUCCCAACAUAACUUCAAGUGGAAUUCAGUUUGCCACGGCUCAACUGCCUCGUCUUGAACUUAUGGAUUGCGGGAUGACCAUAUGUGAUCCUGAUUCCCAUAAUUCACCUAGUGAUGGAGAUGGUGACAAUCAACUUCCAAAUGCAUUGAACAAUAAACUGCACCUUAUGUACCAAAAGCUUAUUAUCAAACACAACCGACUUAAAAAACUCAGCUUGUGGGGUUGUUCUGGCUUAGAUGCUUUAUGUUUGAGUUGUCCCGAACUCAACGACCUUAAUCUCAACUCUUGUGAAAACUUGCAUCCAGAAAGAUUGUUCCUUCAAUGCCCAAGUUUACAGAAUGUGCAUGUGGCAGGAUGUCCGAAGUCGUUAAUAGGAGCCAUCAAAGACCAGGUGAGUGAUAACAUGGCACCUCUGGGAAACCAAUUUCAAUGUAAGCGAUUGGCCGAUGGCUCCAAGAAGGUUCGUGCACCAGAUUGUUUGAGUCCACUGACAAGUGAUAAUAAAAAACGGAGGGUAAUGGAAUGGCAAUGUAACGUGCUUGUGGACUAAAAUCCCCCAUUUUUGUAACCUCUACUUCGCAC